UUGGCCCUCCUCUGCUGGCAUAUCAUUUGUAUACAGUUAUGGAGAUGGCAGCACUGGGAAAGCCUUAUGUUCCUCUAUAGGUACUACCAGGGGUGGACUGACAACUCAUGGGGCCCCCGGGCAAUAGGGGAUUAUGGGGCCCCUGUGUCCUUGCCCAAACUCAAAAAAGCCUAUGAAAAAGGUACCAGGGGCAUCUCAUGGGGCCCCCUACUUACCCCGGGCCCUCGGGCACUGCCCGAAUUUCCAAAUGGUCAGUCCGCUCCUGGGUACUAC